UUUGCACACCUAAAAUGACAACUUGUAAUAGAAGUCCAACAAAACUACUCGUCAUUCUCAUAAUUUUUGUGUUUUUCAAUAACAUUAUUGCUAAGAAAGAGUGGAUUAGUGAUGCCACUGCUAACCAAACUGGCAAGAGAUGGGCACUUCUGGUUGCUGGCUCCAAUGGUUAUGAAAAUUACAGGCAUCAGGCGGAUGUAUGCCAUGCAUAUCAAAUACUGAAAAAGGGUGGAAUUCCUGAUGAAAACAUAAUAGUUUUCAUGUACGACGAUAUAGCAUUUCAUCCAAACAAUCCAAGGCAAGGAAUCAUUAUCAACAAACCAGGUGGGCCCGAUGUUUACCAAGGAGUUCCCAAAGACUAUACAGGAAAGCAGGUGAAUGCAGUCAACUUUUAUGCUGCCCUUUCGGGAAACAAAUCUGCACUUACUGGUGGAAGUGGUAAGGUUAUUCACAGUGGCCCUCAUGAUCAUAUUUUCAUCUACUACUCCGACCAUGGUGCUGCUGGGAUGCUCGGAAUGCCUGAAGAUGAUUAUGUUUUUGUCAAUGAUCUAAUAGAUGCACUGAAAAGGAAACAUAAAGCCAAAAGUUACAAAAGCAUGGUAAUAUAUGUAGAAGCAUGUGAGUCCGGGAGUAUGUUUGAAGGACUACUUCCAGAAAACAUAAAGAUAUAUGCAACAACAGCAUCAAAUGCAACAGAAGAUAGCUGGGCAACAUAUUGUCCUAAAGAAUCUCGAGGUCCUCCUCCCAAAGACUACAACACUUGUCUUGGAGAUUUGUACAGCGUCGCUUGGAUGGAAGACAGUGACAAGCAUGAUUUGAGCAAGGAAACUUUGAACCAACAAUAUCAUGCAGUUCGAAGAAGAACUUUGGUUGAUAAAUCUGGCGUCGGUUCUCAUGUAAUGUUGUAUGGAAACAGAAGGAUCGGCACCGAUUUCCUUAACACCUUUAUUGGUAAUAGCCCUGAUUAUAACAACUAUAAAUCCUCUGUUCAGAGUAUUCAUACCAUUUCUUCACCAUCAAAAUUAUCAUCAAAUGGGGUAAGCCAGCGUGAUGCUAGUCUCAUUUAUUAUCAGUACAAGUUUCAGAAAGCUCCAAUUGGGUCUAGAGAAAAGAUGGAGGCCAGAGAGCAGCUAGAGGAUGAAAUUCUGAAAAGAAGGCAUGCUGACAACAGUAUAAAUAACAUUGGUAAACUUCUGUUUGGACAAGCAAGGAGCUCAAAAGUGCUUAACAAGGUUCGGGAGCAAGGGCAAUCCCUGGUUGAUGAUUGGCACUGCUUUAAGACAUUUGUGAAAAUCUAUGAGAAACAUUGCAAAAGAAUGUCAAGCUAUGGGAUGAAAUACACGCGAGCUAUAGCCAAUAUAUGCAAUGCUGGGAUUACAAUGCACCAAAUGGAUCAGGCCUGUCUCCAAACUUGCCUUGGAAAAACCUGAAGUGGGAUUAGUUUCUAAUAUUGUUAACCUGCCAUUGAUAGGCACCAGCGUUUAUGAAUGUAAUCACAAUCUGUAAUGCAAAUAAUAAACUAAUGAUAUUAAUGUUGAAC